GAAAGUCGGAAAGUCCUUGACAGUUUAAAAUGAAGUCUCUUUUAGUGCUCCUAGCUAUACUUCUAGUUUUUAAUAUAAAUGGAAGCGCUGCCGCUCGAUCGAAACGCAGUAAGAUGCCAAGUCAACCGAUAAAAGUGUACUAUUAUCCAGUAUCUCCUCCGUGCCGUUCUGUUCUUCUGACCGCAAGACUUUUAGGACUGAAAGUGGAAUUAGUACUGAUUAAUAUCAUGGAAGGAGAACAAAAGUCGCCAGAAUUUAUAAAGAUGAAUCCUCAACAUACAGUACCUACGAUAGAUGACAAUGGUUUCAUAUUAUGGGAAAGUCGUGCGAUAAUGGCGUACUUGGUAAACGCAUACGGGAAAGACGAUGCCUUAUACCCAAAUGACCCUCAACAACGAGCUAUAGUUGAUCAACGUUUGUAUUUCGACUUCAGUUUUUUGCAAAAGUCUCUGGAAUUAUAUUGGCCUAUGGUUAACGGAAAAGAAUAUAAUGAAGAAAAAGGUGAGAAAUUGAAAGAAGCAGUUGGCUGGUUGAAUUCCAUGCUGGAAGGUCGGCAAUUCGUCGCCGGAGACAAACUUUCUAUAGCAGAUAUUACCACAGUGGUUACUAUGAGUAAUUUGGACAGUUUUGGCUUCGACUACAGUUCUUACGGUAACAUUAAACCCUGGUUUGAAAGAACAGUAAAAGAGUUGGAACCCUACGGAUAUGUUGAAAUCAACAAAAGUUACGCAGACAAACUGGCAUCUAUGAUAAAGAAAGAAUAAACUGCAUACACGCUUAUAACACAAUUUCACAUGCCUUGUAGAUUGCAUUAGUAAUAAAAGCUUAUUGUUACUCUUAUCAAUGACCUAUUAAA